AUAAUGUAUAUCAACCACAGCCGACCUACCUUAGCUAUACCCGCAGCGUCAGCCUAGACAACACCUGCACGAUCGGCAUGAAGGGCAUGCAGCAAGCCUACCAUGGCCUCAUCUGACCCACGAGCGAGCAGGUUGGGUGUGGAUGCCACGAAGUGCUAUUGGCGGCCAACGGAGAAUCAGUCUUCCUAGCGCUGGAAAGACCGGAUCCUUCGGUGGCCGUGACGGAGCAGUUAUACCCAAUGGAGCAAUCCGGAGCAUAGGCUCUUCCAGUAUCCCCGAGGGAAGCGGGGCGAUGGGUCGAGGGCCAACCAGAGCAGUUAUUCGAUCUCCGGUCGGAGCGAGAGCUCGGUCAAACGUUGAUCCUGGCUCAUAGUCGGACCGUCCGAGCAGCGAUCUUUGCUCGGUUGUACAUAUUCCGUAACGUUGGUUGUCGGCGUUUGGAAAAUGCA